AUGCCUGAUGUGAUGACGGCCUGCAGCUCCAUCAACAAGGCGAACGACCUGCCGCUGACCAUGGGCGAAUUCCUUGGCGCCGCGAACUUCAUCGCCAUCUGCGUGAUGGCAUGGAUAAUGCUGGCGCAAUCCGGGCCGACAGAAGUGGACGGGUUGCCCUUCCUCCGUGAUUCGAUCAUGUGCAUGCUGGUGACAAUUUUCAUGGUUGCUGUGACCUGGGAUAAUCUCAUCACCUUGACUGAGAGCAUAUCUUUCUUCGUGCUCUAUGUUUUCUACAUUGCGCUUGUCCUCCUUCCUGGGCGCCUGUGCUUCCGCACUGCGCAUGCCCGGGCCAUGAACUCAGAGGUGGAGCUCGUCUUCGAGCCACAGAUGGGGACGAGCUGGGAGAACGAGGAGCCCACGAGCCCGUCUCAGGGCAGCUUUCUGCCGCUCGCCUCGGAAUCCGAAAACGAGGACCCCGAAGUUUUUGAUGCCAAGCUCGCCUUGCCGGGCCUGGUCUAUACCAGGCAAUCGACCGUAAGCCUCGUGCUUUGCACACUGGAGCUACCUUUCACCUUGGCCCGGAGCCUUUGCAUACCUUCGGCCACCUGGAGUCGGAAAGAGCGGCUGCUGGCAGCGGCCUGCCCUGCCUGUGGAGUGCUUUUCAUGUUCCUCUCCUAUGGGGGCUGGGAGGCUUUUCAGGCCUCAGGUCAAUUCCCUACCUGGGCCCUGGCUCUGGUUGCUGGCCUCUUGGCCAGCUUGGCCGUCCUCUGCGCUUCGAACCCGGGCCAUGCGCCGGCCUGGCACCUGAUCCUCCUGCUCUGGGCCGUUGCCGCGGCUGUUAGUUGGUUCAACUUGUUGGCCAACGAGUGCGUGGCAGUGCUGGAGGCUUUCGGCCUCAAUCUGGGAAUCUCAUCCUCGGUGCUCGGCAUCACUGUCCUGGCUUGGGGCAACUGCGUGGGCGACCUCGUUGCAGACCUCUCCUUGGCCAAGCAGGGAAGGUCGAAGAUGGCCAUUGCAGGAGUCUACGGUUCCCCCAUCCUCAGCGAUCUUCUGGGGCUUGGCGUGGCCUUGACCUCCCACGUCUCGCAGCACGGAGCUUUGGAGUCGCAGCUCUCGAAGCAGAAUCGCAUUGCAGCGGGCUCCUUGGUCCUGGGCCUGCUUCUUUCCAUCGCUGUGUUCACUCUUUUCCGGUUCCGUUGCCCGCGCGGCUUCGCAUGGGUGCUGCUGGGUCAUUACACGAUCUUCAUGGCUCUCUCCAUCGCCUGCGAGCUGGGCUAUGUGCCCGACAUUUCUUAG